AUGGAGAACGGUAAGUCGGAGCCCAUAAAUAAGGAGCCACCGGCCGAGCACAAUAAAGACGAGAAACAGGCACAGGAGUCAGAUGUGACCGCUUGCGACCGUGUGACGAAUGCCGUGGCACUAUUCCUGCUCGCUGCUGUCAUGGCAACGUCGGUUGUUUGCAUGGAAGACUUACGACGGCGACACGCCGCUGUGUGUGCUUUCGUGUUCCUCGCCGUUGCGGAUUCGGUUGGCCACGUGGUUGCGUCGGGAGCUUCUUAUCAGCGUAUCAUGCAGAAAAAAAAUCAUACUGGCGCUGAGGAGUGGCAGUGCAGCUAUGAAAUACUUUUCGCAAGUGCGAUGUUGCUCUUCUGUCGGGCCCUUUAA